AUGUGGAGCCUCGGAGCCGCUCGGAGCAGCGCGCGGCCCGCAGGCAUGGCCACGAAGCAGGAGUGUCGAGGAGGGCGCGGCAGCCGCCGCAGCCACCGGUCACCGCCGGCGUUACUAGUGGCCGCCCAUCUAGUGUUAGUGUUUAGUCUUAACGUUGCGCUCGUCGCGAGUAAGCACCACCAUCAGCAGCAUCACCAGCAGAGUGGUGAUGGCCAGGAGUUCAAAUUCGACCCAACGAACAGCUUUAUCAGCUUAGUGCUGCCCCACGACACAUAUCCUGGCUACAGCAUCCAGCAGUUUACGGCCAACUUCACCGGCCCGAACUCGCCGUUCUCGUCCAUCUCGUCGUACUCGUCGAAGCCGCUCAACUACCGGCUGCUGGAGACGGACUACUCGAAGUACUUCACCGUGCUCGAGGACGGCAUGGUGAUGACGACGGCGGACCUGUCCCCGCUCGUGAACCGCCCGGUCAAGCUGGUCGUCCUGGAGGAGACGCCCAACUCGACCGCCACCCACCAGCUGCAGCUGUACGUGAUGAACCGCAAGGAUAUGCUCCACUUCCCGACGCUCCCGGCCGACACGGUGGGCCAGCUGAGUGAGAACCGCGAACCGGGAGCUCGCGUCCGCGAUCUGCCACUGCUGCAGGCGAACUCGGUCCGCGGCGCCAAGACGAUCAUCUACACCAUCACGGCCGGCAACGAUGGGCGCGAGUUUGCCCUCGAGGACAGCUCAACCGGUGAGAUCCAGGACACGGUUCGGAUCGAGGAUCCACGCAAGCACGGCGUGUGGCUCGUCGCAGCCCAGCCGCUUGACCGAGAGCAUCGUGACACGUACAACGUGGUGGUGGAAGCGACGGACGCCCGUCAGAUCAACCGGGCCGAAGUGCACCUUCCGGUACGCAUCACCGACGUGAACGACAAUCGGCCGAUCUUCGUGAAGCCCGACUACCGGUUCACGGUGACGGGCGUGAAGUCGACGACACCGGCCGGCAACGAAACCAUCACCUGGCAGCGUUUCACCAGCCUGGGCAAGGUGGAGGCCAAGGAUGCUGACGGGGACCGGGUUGCGUACCGGCUGACGGCCCCCAGCAACACGGUCGUGAUCGUGCCGCAAACCGGCGAGCUCCUGUUGGCCGGCGAACCCGAUGUCGAAGGCGGACCGGAACUGUUCGUUGACGUCGAGGCACACGACCUGCGCAGCCCCAGCCUGAAAAGCGAACGGGCGGCUCGGGUCCUGGUGGAGUUUGUAGCCCCGGAUCCACCGGUUCCGGUGAUCGUGCAGCAUCUGGGUCACGAGUACCAGCACUCGCACCGGCGCGACAAACGGCGGGUUACGCGAGCGGUUCGACCAACCAAACGCAUCGAGUUCACGGAGGCCGACGGGGACAACGAGGGCCGGCAGGUGUUCCAGCUCGAGAAGGAAACGGAUCGCGAAACGUUCAAGAUACGCGACGAAAACCCGUGGGUCACGGUCGAGACGAACGGGGCGGUGCGCGUGAAGAAGAAGUGGGACUACGAGGAGCUCGGCCCGGAGAAGACGAUCGACUUCUGGGUGAUCAUCACCAACCAGGGACACAACGCCGGUCUGAAGUAUACCGACAAUCAGCGUGUCAUCAUUCACGUGAAGGAUGUGAACGACGAACCGCCGUACUUCAUCAACCGUCCGCUGCCGAUGCAGGCCGUGGUGCAGUUGAACGCACCGCCCAACACGCCCGUGUUCACGCUGCAGGCCCGCGAUCCCGACACCGAUCACAAUAUUCAUUACUUCAUCGUACGUGAUCGGACUGGCGGGCGGUUCGAGGUGGACGAGCGCUCCGGGGUGGUGCGGACGCGCGGCACCGACCUUUUCCAGCUGGACAUGGAGUACGUGCUGUACGUGAAGGCGGAAGAUCAGAACGGCAAGGUGGACGAUCGGCGUUUCCAGAGCACGCCCGAGGAGCGGCUGUCGAUAGUCGGCGGCAAACGGGCGCCGCAGUUCUAUAUGCCCAGCUACGAAGCGGAAAUUCCGGAGAACCAGAAAAAGGACUCAGACAUAAUUUCCGUGAAAGCCAAGUCGUUCGCCGACCGCGAGAUACGCUACACACUGAAGGCGCAGGGCCAGGGUGCCGGAACUUUCAACAUCGGACCCACCUCCGGCAUCGUGAAGCUGGCGAAGGAGCUGGACUUUGAGGAUUUGCGCCAACCGCACGUUUACUCGUUGGUCGUUACAGCUACGGAAGACUCGGGCGGUUUCUCGACAUCGGUUGAGCUCACCAUCCGUGUGACGGACGUGAACGAUAACGCGCCCAAGUUCGAGCUGCCCGACUACCAAGCGCACAACGUGGAUGAAGACAUAGCUCUGGGAACGAGCAUCCUGAAGGUGAAGGCGAUGGACGCGGAUUCGGGCGCGAACGCGGAAAUCGAGUACCUCGUGUCGGACGACCACUUUGCCGUCGAUUCGAACGGGAUCAUCGUGAACAACAAGCAGCUGGACGCGGACAACAACAACGCGUACUACGAGU